GCAACUGGACCUGGGCUUUUGCUUUUUGGCUCACAAGUGGGUUGGCUGCUCAUCCUUGGAUGACCCCUUCCUUGCUCUCUCCCUCGCUCUCAAUCUGCCGCCAUCUCAAUUUACCUUACCUUCCUGUUCCUUGGCUUGGCUUACUUUCUCUUCCUUAUCCUCUUCCUUUCACUUUCCUCCUCACCUCCUCCAAAUUGUUCUUCUCGCGGGUCAUCCUUCCCCUUCGCCUGACUUUUCAACCUUAUUCGCUCCUUUACCUGUCUAGUCAGUCGCCUUCCGUUGAAGGAAGGAAAAGGCUUCCCGCUUUUGUUCUGUUCUUCCGUGCUACCCACCUACCCACCGGUCAAUUCGUUCCUCUUUCGAUUCUGGCUGCCCGUUCCUUCUUUUGGCUCCUGCUCAUCUUGGGUUGUACGGCGCAUUAAGACGACGCCAGCCUUCCUUACGUGGGCCGUUCCUCGACGCGCGCAGACAUCACAGUCACGCUUCUGGCGUCGCCUGGCCCGGCUGACUCGACGACACACUAUUGGGAUCCCUUUCACCUUCUCCCCGCAAGGCCUUGUGUCCGGAUCCGGUUUGGACUUGCACUCUAAGCGGUUGAACCUCGACGUUCCCCUCCCCCAGAGUUCAACUUCAUCCCAUCUCGAAAUCAUCUCAAGUAGUACUUCCACAUAUCCCCAGACAACGUAGACAGACCUCCACGCCGUCAACAAACCCGCCCAUCAUGGACUACAACCAGCAUCACCACCCGUCAAACUCAAUUGACAACGCCGCAUAUCCCGGGGACUCGAGCUACCAACCCGGCGGUCACCCUUCCAAUUCUAUCAGCAAUGCCGCCUACCCUUCAGACUCAUCCUACCGGCCGUCUGACCCGACGAUGCCCACCGACGACAAGCUCGCUAUGCCCAAUGCCCGUUACUCCCAAUCCUACAACAAUAAUCACAAUGCCGCUCCCGGCGCCGCCAACAGCAGUAGCAGUACACAAGCACAAGCUCAAUUCCCGCCGUAUCCAACCAAUGCUCCAGCACCUUUCCAACAAUCGCCAGGCUGGAACCAGGCGCAGAACCACGACCCCUUGUACUCUCCCGCUCGUGGGCCGAUAGCACCGUGGACCCCGGAUGGCAUGUCCGCCGCGAACCCUAACCUCCCGCCACCACCGCCGUACGACCCCUCGAGACCAGGCACGGGGACUACUAACCCUUCGACGCCUCGCGACCCGAUAUCACCAAACCCCUCGGAGAGUGCCCUUCUCAGCGGACAGCAGCAGCAGCAGCAUGGAGCGCAUUCAACGCGAUCUCAGAGUACCUACACUAGCACCCCACAGCAAGCUCCCGCACCGGCAGCAGCUCACGUAGCCGACGCGGAAUCGGGACAAGGGGAACGGGGCGGGCCGCGCGCCUACUUGCAAUCGAUGACGGGAGGGAUGCCGGCUUAUGGCAACAGUCCUGGACAGCUUGGCCCCGUCGCGCAGGCUAGGAAGAAGAGAAAGAUGAAGCUUGGCAUUCUCGCCGGCGUGCUCUGCGCUGUCUUGGUGUUCCUCAUCGCGUUGAUAGUGGGCGUGCUGGUCGGCAUCGUCAAGGUCAACCAGAAGGAUGAUAAGCCGCCUCCGUCUAACGGACCGCCGAGGCUCUUUUAAUGCGCAGACACUUCCACAAGUGGCACCCCCUCCGUUCCUGCGGCAAUUGUAGCCCCGGCUUGAGAGAUUGCCAUUCUGCCCUCCACUUUCUGGACAAAUUUCGCAUGAAAGGGCGACACAACUUCACCGAUACCCAACUUACUUUUUCUCAACAUAUUCUCUCACUCCUAUUCUCCUUUUCUUUUGUGUUUAUUACACCACCAACAAAGAUUGGUUUUGGACAACUUUGAUUAAUUGGGCGUCGCUUGCGCUGGAGGAAGAUGGAUGGAUGAAUGGAUGAGGAGGGGGGGACGACACGAGGAAGCGACGUUUAAUGUCUUUUUUCCACUUUCUUUACACUUCUCUUUUUUCCCCUCCUCUGAAACACACGAUUUUGGAGUAAAGACUUACUUGAGGAACGGAUUCGCGGAGGGAUUAAGAAACACCAGUAAAGUGUUUCUUCUUGAUCCUAGGAACACCCCGAUAGACGAAAGCUGUGGCUUUGCUGAAGAGCGGGCUGGUCAAUGAG